AUGGUCUUCAUGGCGCCGGAAACGUUUACAAACCCCUCUCCGCAACUGACUGGGCAAACGGAUGUUUGGGCUCUGGGAGUUAUUCUGACCUGGAUCGUGACGGCCGUUGAGCUCGGCAGCUUGCAACAUCCAAACCUGGAUCGCGAAGAUGGCCGCGAUUUUUGCGUGAAGUGGAUAGAUAUGUACCGCGCUUUCAAGAACAAAGUGCCUUGGAAUCGUGCUUUGGCGAAGGGCCACCCGGAAGUUGCCAACAUCCUUGACAAGGUAUUGGCGAUCGACCCGGCGGAACGUUGCACUGCUUCUGACAUCUUGCAGGCUGACUGGAUGCGUGUAACUGAUCCUGCUGCCUCCGCCUCCGCUGCACUGUUGGAGAAAGGAACUCUACUCUACAACUUGCGAACAUUCACGGAGCUGUCUGCCUUGGAGAAGAAGAUCGUGUCCCUGGUGGCUGAUCAUGCCCCUGAUGCGAAAACAGCACUUCUCCGAAGGACAUUUCGAGCCUUCGACAAAACCAAUGAUGGCUUUCUCGAGAUGUCCGAGUUGAUCGAGGGCUUCAGGGAACAUGACGUCGACAUUGACGAAGCAGCUAUUCGGGAAGUGUUUGAGGCAAUGGACCUUGACGACAACAAGCUUAUUAGCUAUCAAGAGUGGCUUGCUGCUACUAUUGGGCCGAAGGUGCUUGAGUCUGAAGGUGCGCUGCAAGCGUGCUUCCGGCGCCUAGAUGCUGAAGCCAAUGGCAUCAUCAGCAGAAGUGAUAUUGAGAGGCAGAAGAUGCUGUGGAUGGUGUUCGAAAUCACAGCUGCAAGGGGAUAG